AUGAUAACACCUCCCGUAUCAAUGUCGUUUGCAUGCUGUUCGAUGCGUGCAUCAGAUUUUAUUAUUUUCGCAAUUAUACUCAGUACUUCAUUAUUAUCACAAUAUUCGUGCGAAUAUAAAAUCUUAGCAGUUUUCCCACAUGCCGGAAAAAGUCAUUUUUUUGUAUACGAACCAAUAUUAAAAGAAUUAGUAAGACGUGGUCAUGAAUUAACUGUGAUUAGCCAUUUUGCUCAAAACAAGCUUUUAAUAAACUUUACGGAUUUAUCACUAGCUGGUGCUGGAGAAAUUCGUUUGAAUAACUUACCAGUGUCUAAGAUUGUACAUAAUCCGUUACGAAAUUUAUUUAUACAUCAUAGAUUAGCGGAAAGAGGAUUGCAAAAUUGUGAAGCGUUAAAUUUUUCUCAUAUUAAAAAUUUUAUCAAAUCAAAACCGUCCUUUGAUGUUAUUCUUCAUGAACAUUUCAACACCGAGUGUUUUUUGGUAUUAAAUCAUAUUUUUAAGGCACCCAGCAUGGGACUUGCACCUUGUACAGUAAUGCCAUGGAAUAGUAAUCGAUAUGGAAUUCCUACAAAUCCUUCAUAUAUUCCAAUAAAUUUAUUACCUUUUUCGGAUACUAUGACGUUCUGGGAACGUUUGGUUAAUACAGUUAAUUAUAUUUUACAUACAUACAUAAUGGCGGACUUUUUACAAAUAAGACCAGCUGAUGCUUUAAUAAAAAAGUACUUCGGGGACAAUAUGCCGUCAGUAGAAGAUCUCGCUAGAAAUGUUAGUUUAUAUUUAGUAAAUUCACAUUUUUCACUCAAUAAACCUCGGCCGUUACCUCCAAAUGUUAUUGAAAUUGCUGGUGCGCAUCUUGAUAAACCAAAACCACUCCCACCCGAUCUAGAAAAAUUUAUUUCUGAUUCUGAACACGGAGUAAUUUACUUUAGUUUUGGUUCCGUGAUAUCGGAAAGAACAAUUAGUGAUAAUGUCAAACAAGCGUUUAUGGAUGCUUUUAGUGAGAUUCCACAACGUGUUUUGUGGAAAUAUGAAGAUGAAUCGUUGCCUGGAAAACCAAUCAAUGUUUUGAUUCGAAAGUGGAUACCUCAGUUUGAUAUAUUGAGCCAUCCAAAUGUGGUUGGAUUUAUUUCUCAUGGUGGAUUGUUAGGAUCUAUCGAAGCAUUUCAUAACGGCAUACCCAUUGUAUCGAUACCGUUUUUAGGUGAUCAAUUUACCAAUGCUAAAGCACUAGAAUCUCAUGGAACAGCAAUCGUACUUGAUUUCCUUAAUAUCAACAAAGAAACGAUUAGUCAAGCAUUAAAAUUUAUUUUGAAACCUAGCAUAUUGAAAAAAGCGAAAAAUCGAGCACGAUUGUUUCGUGAUCGACCCAUGUCACCUAUGGAUACAGCCAUAUGGUGGAUUGAGUAUGUAGCUCGAAAUGGUGGAGCAGAUGAAAUAAAACCAGCUGUUAUUCACAUGCCAUUUUAUCAGUCAGCACUUUUAGACGUUGGAUUGUUUAUAUUAUUUGUGGUAGUAAUUAUAGUUUAUAUGAAUUAUAGAUUAUUCAAACUAAUAUUACGAAUUAUAGACUAA